AUGCUAAACUUAAGGACUGUACCUGCAGCUUCCAAUCUAAUCUUCUUUCUUGCGGAUUACCGUGUAGCGAGGCUGCCAGAGAGUCUUCCAUGGCAGUUGUUCAACGCAACGAGAACACGAAAAGAUAGAUGCACGCCACAGGCUCAUUGUGACGACGGCAGCCGUAUGGCCAUACCUGGAAGUACUGGCGGCGUGUACAGCAUCGAGGCAAUCGAGACGCCUUCAGUCCUCAGUGAGGGCUCUCCUUCCUCAGAGGUUAGACCUCGCGACGGAGCUGCUGACCAGACGUUCCCGUAUUGGCACACUUAA